AUGGAUCUUCCAAUCGCCAAGAUUAUAGUCAACAGUGAUUUUGACUUUAUCACCUCUGGCGAAGAGAAUAAUGUGAUAACUCCUGACGUGGACGAUUAUUCAAAUAAUUCUUCCACUACUCCCAAUAUUACUAUUCUGACUCAUACUGCUUCCACUACCCAGACUAACGCUCCUUCCACUACUCCUACUUCUAAAAUUACACACACGGCUCUUCCCUCUACUCCUUCUACUCAAGAGAUUACGUUCGAGACAUCAAAUAUUGAUAAUACAACUUCUACUGCGUCAAAUCUGAACGAUACUUCAAUUGCAACACAUCACGAAGAAUUCCGUAUUAAGAAUGAAGAGAGGCGACAAUAUGAAGAUUAUUUAAUAAAUCAAUCAUCUUUAAAUGAUCGCGCAUAUCUUGCCAAUUAUUUUCAAUAUAUUCCUCACUCCUCAUUUCCUCAAACUACUUUAUCAAAUGGUAAUCAUGCACCUUUGAAUAACGGGAAUAAUGCGAAUAAUGGAAAUUACGUUAUAACUUUACCUACUAAUUCAAAUAACACAACAAGAAUUGAUCCAAGUUUACUGAAUUACGAACGAAAUAUGUCAAAUGUGUCAAUUCCAGGAGCUCAAAGUUACGGUGAUCAAUCCUCCUCUCCCACCAAUAAUACCAAUCAAACAAUUAAAAAGAGGAAAAGAAGUAAAACUGAAUCGGAUUAUGCAAAUGUUUUAUCCUUGCAAUCUUCAACAUCCACCGCUGCAGAUGGAAUUCGUCAAAGUGAAAUUGCUCAAUGCUCAAAUUGUGGUGUACACGAUACACCUGCUUGGAGACGUGAUUUACAGGGUGUCGCAUUAUUAUGUAAUGCAUGCGGUCUUUAUUUAAAAAAUAAAGGUAUACAUCGUCCAACAGAAAUUGCGCCAGAUGGAUCUGUUCGUCUAAAACGAACUCGAACUGAGCCAGAAGUCGCAUGUCAUCGUUGCAAUGAAAAUAAUACUCCUUGUUGGAGAGGACCCGAAGGACAAAAGCUUUGUAAUAAAUGUGGAAUAUUCUUAAAGCAACAUGGAUAUCCAUCAGAAAUCAUUUCCACUCAAAAAUCCACAAUCAGUUUUACAUUAUAA